CUCAGUUAAAAGUGGAUCAUUUGUAAGGGAGCUGAUGGAUGUUCUACAUGAAUAUACUUUUGUUGGUAUGUGAAGGGGAAACGUGCCUUGAGGAGGAACAUUCAGGCCUCACCGCAUGUAAAGAGGAGAUGAGUGGACAGGCGCUUAAUUGCAGUCUGUAUUUUUAGCGUAUUUGCCACAAGCAGGCGGAGCCAAGGAGGCUGAGAUGGAGGGAUGCUGCUGAAAAAGCAGGUGGAGACGACGGAUGUUUACGGGGAUGCACUUUGCAGAGGGAGAAUCAGAGGACGCUGGAUCGGGAACACGUCCAUCGUAGGGUGUAAAUUUCACUCUGGCGUCUGACUUACUAUUACUAUUAUAUUUAUUUAUUGAAGGGCCGAUUUGAGCUCCGCUGCGCAGAGACCCGACAGGCUGCGAAAGGCUCCGUCUGUGCGCGUCGCGUCGUUGGAGGCUGCGACGAUGUGAUGCUCCAUCUUUGGGUCGACGGCCGAAGCCUUUCCCCCUGAAGCCUGAUAUUAUGCAGGGAGCAGGGGCGUCUCGACGGAUUAAAGGGGAACAAAACACCGGUUUAGAAAACGCUUUGCACACUGGCAGCGCUAGCCAACUAUGGUCGACCCCUCGGAGGCUGAGGAGCAGAGCAAGUGUAAAGGCCCGCACCUCGACGCGCCAGCUGUGGCCGCUGAAGACCCUCGACAGCUGGAGGAGGCUGAUGGGGCGACGACAGAGGAGGAUGGGGACGCCGGCUUUGAGACGCCGCCCACGGGCAGUACCGAGACGAGCCCCUGCCACGUUGUGUCUCCGGCAGGGCCGCAGGUCGCCUCUGAGGGCGCGGCACCUCAGCAACCACAGACUGAGACGGACAAAGACGCGUCCCCCAAACUGCACCUGGACCUGUACAACUUUGACUCCCCCGCCGCGGAGGGCAGCCGCUACGUGCUGACGAGCCCCCGCUCUCUGGAGGCCUGCGCCCGAUGCGGAGUCAAACCUGUGGAGCUGCUGCCCCGUCCAAUCACCGACUUCGCCCGGGAAGCUCCUGGAAGGUCCAUGCGUGUCGCCACAGGGCUGUUCGAGGUCUACGAGAGAGACCGGCACGGCAAACUAAGGCAGUGCAGGGAGGAGAGGGAGAGGAUCGUUAGGGAGGAAAAGAGAAGGAUUCUGCAGGCGACCGUCAACGGCAGCAGCAGCAGCGCAUCAUCAUCCUCUGUGGACAAAGCUUCUUCUGGCUCCGGUCAGCCUCCUAAAUCUGUGCCCGUGACCUCCAGCUCAGCCCCUAAUGUCGUCGCACCGUCGUCUAGAGCAACAGCCCCUAAAACGAGUACAGCCCUUUUAUCUAAAGCCCCCGCCUCCAGUCUCAGCACCUCCCCUAAAUCUGUCAUCGCGCCUUCCGAUCCAUCCUCAAAACCCGCUACAACAACAGCAACAACAACCUCUGCGUUAUCUUCCAAGAGUGGAUUUCAGAGCUCUGCCAAACAACCUUUGCCCUCGUCUCCCGAAAAAGUGAAAACGCGACCACUUUCAUCUGGCCCUCCGCCGGUCGUCAGGAAAACCUCCGGCGGCAAAUCUUCAAACACUUUUCCCAGAUCAACACCCAAACCGCCCUCCUUCCCCAGAGCCAACUCCACAUUAACGUCAUCGGUGUCGAAGCCUGCAGCUCAGAGCGCCGCGACGCCUCCGAACGGCGUAGCGAGAGGCCCGUUCGCACACCACAACGGACAUCUUGGGCUUCAACCCAAGGCGCGGGGCAAAAGCCACUCGAUGGAGUCUUUACAGCGAAGGAUGGAUCCCGUCUGCUCCUCCACCUCCACCACCACAACCACGACUACGUGCACCUCGUCGGAGUCAGGCGCCUCGUCUUCUUACAGCUGGGACGGUGCGCGGGAUCACUGGGCCAAAUUCUCCAGCCCCCGAGCUCGCACUCUGGCCACCUUCAACUCCCUGAUGGGCCGCAGCCUCAGCCUCGGGGACCUGAGCCACUCUCCCCAGACGACGCAGAAGGUGGAGCGCAUCGUGAAGGAGGUGAAGCGGCGAGGCCUCAAGGCCGUGUCGGAGCGGGACCGCAAGAUAGCGGCCCUGAUGCUUGCCAGGUACCAGGAGGAGGACAUCAUGAGUCAGACCCGUUAUGUGGCUCACCUCCAGUGGGACAGCGAGCGCAGGAUGGAGGAGCUACGCCGAGAGCAGGAGGAUCGGGAGAAGCAGCGCGCCGUGCUUCAGUGUCAGCGAGUGUGGCAGACUCAGGUGUCGAUACGUCAGCGGAGGCUGAGCCAGCAGGAGCGGGACUCGGCGGCCGCCAAGAUGCGACAGGCCGAGGAGAACGAGGAGCGAUGGAGGGAGCUGGCCGUGCAGCAGGAACGCAGCCGCCUGCUCAAGCUGCAGCAGGUGGCGCGGGAGGAGAAGCACAAGAAGGCGCUACAGGAACAGAACCUCAAGUCCCUGGAGGAGGAGAGGGCCGCCAUGCUGGAGCAGGAGAGGCUGCUGCUUAAAGAGAAGCUCACCAUGGCUGAGCUGAAGAGGCAAGAGAAGGAGCACCAGGCCCAGGAGGACAGGCGAGGUCUGAACAAAGCGGAGAAGCGACGCCACGCCGCCCUGAUCCAGGAGAUCGCCCGCAGGGAGCAGGAGGAGAGGGACGAGGCCAGGAAGGCGGCGGAGGAGAAGCUGAGCCGCUCCCUCGAGAAUUAUGAGCAGAUAGUCGAACGUCGGGGGCAGGAGCUGAAGGAAAAGGCCAAACGGGAGGAGAAGCAGAUCCAGAAGGCGCGCAGGGCGGCGGAGAAACGCGAGAGGCAGCAGCAGCAGCUGCUGGAGGCUCGCGUGAAGGAGGCCGAGAAACGGGCUCAGCAGGCGGCUCUGGUGGCCGAGGAGAAGGCCAAGGAGAAGGCGCUGAGGGCCGUGCAGAGCCGGCAGGAGAAGGAGCGACUCCAGAAGCUCAACAGGCAGCGCGUGGAGGAGGAGGAGAAGCAGAGGCGCCUGGAGCUGCUGCAGUCCAUCGAGAGGAAGCUGGAGAAGAGCGAGCAGAUCUUCAAGGAGAAGAAGGCGGUGCUGGAGAGCGCCCGCUCUGUGGCGCGGGCGUCCUUCCACGUGAGGGACAAAGUCAGAGAGGAGACCAACAUGCGCACUUUUGAUAAAAUGGCUCUGGAGGCUCAGCUCAAAGCCAGCCUGGAUGAGAAAUAAACCCAUAGCUUUGUCGUGAGCUCCUCACGCGUGGUCGUGUGCUCGGCUCUCGCCUUCAUCACUCAUCACUCAGCAGCUUUACCCUCCGUCCCCAGAAACACCCACAGGGUUAUUUUCUCCAGUCUUUACCCAUCAGAUGGUUUUAUCACAUAUUUUUUUUACCAUUUUUAUCCAUCUAAUCAAAUGAUCUUUUUCUAUCGCGGAUGUUAAUGAGACAACAAGCUGUUAUACAUCAACAGUAAAGCCUGUGUGUGGUAUAGACUUCAUGUUAUAUGAGGAGAGCCUGGAGCUGCAACACCUCCUCCUCCUCCUCCUCCGUGGUUCUCUGCCCUCUGCUCCAUCUGUCUCAGCUACUGGACUGAAAGCCGUGCCGGAAUGAAAAGAGUCAUUGUUCACCAGGAAGCACAACUCCAUGACAACUGCAGGGACUCUUAAGGAUGAGCAAUCCUGUAAGGGCAAAUUAAGAAAAAAAAGAAACUGGUUUCAGACCCCCGGAGCGAAUGAGAGAUCCUUUUUAUACACAAUGUGCGGCAUGAAAACAGAGCCCUGGGCUUGUCCGCUCUUACCCGCUGACAAUGCAGCGCAGGAGAGCUGAUGAAGCAUCAGAGGACGUUUGUGCUGCGGGGCCGUUCUCCUCCAGGACUCUUUGCGUCCUCUCCACGUCAGGUGAAAGUAAACAGAGCUCCCCACGAGAGACGGCCUCCUCUGAGCGCCGCCGCUGCCGCCGAUCAACCACGUCAAGGUCAGCAGGUCCUGGCGGAGAACGAGAGCUGCUGAUGUAACCAACCAUCCUCCCCACAGGACUUCUCCUCCCACACUGAGCUCUGACACAGUGAAUAACAAGCAAAACAAGUCUCUGCUGAUGGAAACGGAUCCAUAUCAAAGAUUUCACUCAUUUUCUAACUCCUUAUCGGUGCCAUCCGUUGACUGAGCCUCAGCCUUUUUACCCGCAUCAAUGAAACGACACGUACAAGGUUCAAACAAAGCUUUAUUAGCAUCAAGGCAUGUUGUUCAGUCCACAGUCUGUUCCUUCUGACCUUCCCCCGGCUUCCUUUCUGUCUCGGUUGUUUAUCAUUUGUACAUGAUCAUUAAACGCUCGCUUUGGUGAAUCUCACUGCGCUACAUCGUCGAGGUGAAAGGAUCGUCAGGUGUAGCAAUAACGAAACGGUCGUGGUUGAUAUCGGGCACAUCUGUGACUUCAUUUAUCGUUUAGUUUUCCAUCGACCCUCUCAAAGCAAAAAAACACAAUCUGUGCAUACAAUCAAAACGGGAAAAAUAAAAAGAAACAUUUUACAAGAUG